AUGACAAAUUCCACUCGAUGCCCAAUAAUCGUUAAUUCCUUCCAAUCACGUUCUUUAUUCCGUCGAUUAUGGAGAGCAGGCGAUGCCUCGGUCUUAUACUCGAGACCAGCGGUCAAAUAUGUUCGAAAGAGGAUUCGUGAGGGAUUCGAGGAAUAUCGACGCGAAACCGACGACAAAAUAUUGAAGGAACUUUAUGAACGCGUCGAAAAUACAAUAAAAUUUAUGGAAAUCUCUUCCCGUCGAGGUGGAUUUGAACAUCGAGUCAUUCGUACUUUAUGUCAGAUGACUUACAUUGAGGAUCUAUAUCGUCGAAGGUAA